AUGGCGGACAACACCAGAUCCAAGCACCAGCAGCACGAGAAUUUACAGCUUCAAGUGGAACUUCAUCAACAUGAAAUCCUGGAAGUAAAAGUAGAUGUCAGUGUAUUGAAAGUUGAUGUUGCUACGGUGAAAGUGGAUAUACAAGAAAUUAAAGAUAUGUUACACACUUUUUUUGCCCAACCACACAAUCAGAAUCCCCCUCUACCUCCCCUUAACCAUGAAAUUCCUCAAGACCAUGACAAUCAAGAUCCUAGAAGGUUCAAUCCCAGGUGGGUCAAACUUGAUUUUCCUCACUUUCAAGGUGUUAACCCUACUGCAUGGCUUUUUAAGGCCAACCAUUACUUUGACUUCCACCAAACACCAUUACCACACCGAUUGUUGAUGGCAUCUUAUCACAUGGAAGGAGACGCUCUUGUGUGGUUCAAAAAUGCAACAGUUGGAGGCUUAUUCCGAGAUUGGGAUGCUUUUUCUAGAUCCUUACUUCUUCAUUUUGGUCCAACCGCAUAUGACGACCCCAUGGAAGCUUUGACUAGGCUCAAGCAAACCACCUCAGUGGCUGGUUACAUGGCGCAGUUUGAAACAUUAUCCAACCGCUUAAGGGGACUUUCGGAUAUUCAUAAGCUGAGUUGUUUUCUCAACAGGUUGAAGGAUGAAAUCCACAUUCCGGUCCGGUUGUUAAACCCGGUGAAUUUAAAUGCUGCGUAUGGGUUGGCAAAGAUGCAAGAGGAAUACCUUCCUAUACGGAGGAAGUGGAAUCCGUUACACAAAUGUAAAACCCCUCGCCUUUAUCUCUUGGAUGUGAGUGAGGAAUUUUGUGAGGAUGAAGAAACACUACAGGUGGAAGAAAUUGAAGAAAAACCAACACUUGACAAUUCAGCCACUCCAACCAGUAACAAGAAAGAACUGAAAAUUUCUUUGGCUGCCAUAGCUGGUACCCCUACUGUCAGAACUAUGAGAUUGCUUGGAAGUAUUCAGGGGGAACAAGUGGUGAUCCUAGUGGACUCAGGCAGCUCACAUAACUUCAUAGAUUCAUCUUUGGUUUCCAAGUUGCAGCUGCCAGUGGAUUAUUCAGUAAAUCUCAAGGUCCGGUGGCUAGAAACCUUGGGCCCUAUCACUUGGGACUUUGCUAAGUUAUUGAUGAGUUUUGGGUUGGAAGGGAAGGCAAUUGAAUUGAAAGGGCUGAAACUAAGCCCUUCGAUUGUAGAGGACAGUGAAAAGACGAGUUUAAAGAGGUAUUUGAGGAACCUCAAGGGUUACCCCCGCUCCUAUGACCACCAAAUAGUCCUCAAGGAGGGCACUCAACCUGUGGCAAUUGCACCAUAUCGAUACCCAUACUACCAUAAAACAGAGAUUGAGAAAAUGGUGGCUGAGUUGUUGGCAGCAGGAGUGAUUAGGCCUAGUUCUAGUCCUUUUUCUGCCCCUAUUUUGCUAGUUCAUAAAGCCGAUGGCAGUUGGCAGCUUUGUGUGGAUAAUAGGGCACUUAAUAAGGAAACGAUGAAGACAAAGUUUCCUAUACUAGUGAUAGAUGAAUUGCUGGAUGAACUCUUUGGAGUGGUGAUAUUCUCUAAACUUGACCUACGGUCGGGAUAUCACCAAGUGAGAGUGGUGCCUAGUGACAUCCCUAAAACGGCUUUUCGUACUCAUGAGGGUCACUACGAGUUUUUGGUGAUGCCUUUCGGACUCACCAAUGCUCCAGCCACGUUCCAAGGGUUAAUGAAUGAUGUUUUAACAGUGUUGAAACAGCAUUGCUUGUAUGCAAAAAAAUCCAAGUGUAGUUUUGCUAUGGAGGAAAUGGAUUAUUUGGGUCACAUAAUUUCUGGACAAGGUGUUAAGGCGGAUCCUUCAAAAAUUCAAUCAAUGUUGGAGUGGCCAACCCCUAAGACAACUAAAGCCUUGAGAGGCUUCUUGGGGUUGACGGGAUAUUAUAGAAAAUUUAUAAAAUAUUAUGGAUUGUUAGCAGCUCCACUUACUCAGCUUUUGACAAAAAAUGGAUUUGUGUGGACCCAAGAAGCAGAGCUGGCCUUUAAUAAGUUGAAGGAAGCGGUGACGAGGCCACCUGUCCUUGCGCUACCAGACUUUACCAAGCCCUUUACAGUGGAGUGUGAUGCUAGCGGGAAGGGAAUAUGUGUUGUCCUUAUGCAAUCGGGUCAGCCUAUUGCCUUUUUGAGUAAAAUGUUAAAGGGAAGGGCUUUAUUACUCUCAACCUAUGCGAAUGAGUUUCAGGCCAUUGUGACAGCAGUGAGUAAGCUCAUAGACUACGAUUUUAAGAUCGAGUACAAGAAAGGAAGGGAGAACGUUGUGGCUGAUACACUAUCGAGAAAGGGGGAUAUUGAUAAUGAAGAGGUUGGGUUGCUUGCCCAAAUUUCAUUUCCCACUUCAGAUUGGGUGGAAGAGCUGAAAUUGAGUUAUAAAGACAACACAGAGGCCUCUGAACUGUUGGAGAAAUGGGUGAACCAGCAAGAGGUCCCUAAGGGGACAAUAGUACAAUAA